AUGAUCAUUCGGAAAUGGCAGCUGCUUUCAAGAACCCCCGAGUCGCUAAGCAUAGUACCGUUCUUCUACCGAGUCCAUGCUAUCAGCUCUGCUUACAAGAGCAAGCUUCAAGCUGAGAUGGUGAAAAUGAAUCUGGAAGCAUCAGAUGCUGUGGGUGCGACCGGGAUGAUAGCCCAUCAAUCUAAUGACAUUUCUUUGGCACAGGGGUCUUCCUACAUGUCCAGUCCCGUCGGCGCGAGACGAGCGGCCGAGAACACGAAAGGGUACCGGGAUGUGAUCCUCGGCCCAUUAUGUCCACAAAAAUGUACAACCUCAGCGAAGGACGACCUGCGUUGGCCUGCAAGUCCUUCCUACGCUAAAGCAAACAUGAUUUGA